AUGGAUCAAUUCGCCAUUGACUCAUGGAAUCACUCUCCAUCUUUUCCUGUCCCUCUCGACAUACUUCUCGAUGUAAUUCAGCAUCUUCCUAUCCAGAGCGUCCUGGCGCUGCGGCAGACUAGUAAAAUGUUUAACGCUGUCACGCGUAUGCGCAGUCUUUGGGCUCUCCUCCUGCGUACUCAUGUCCAGGAGCAAAACAUUCCUAUACCCCACCUUGAGGGACGAUCGCUUGACAUUUUGUCAGCCUCAGAGCUCGAGCAGCUCACCUGCAAUGCGCUCGCUCUUCGCACCAACUGGACCAACCCUAAUCCGGAUGCGAAGAGGGAAGUCGAUUUUUACAAGCCAACCGAGCCAGAUUCGCGCAUUAUUUUCAUGCAGUUUCUCCCUGGCAGAGGAAACCGCUGGCUAAUUUCUGUCACGAUGACCGCGCAACCCAAAAAAUUUGUCCUCCAGUGCUGGAACGUUGCUACCCCUCAACCCGUCUGCAUCGCAGAACUGACUCACGUGGAUGGGCCCUAUGGCGGGGUUGUCAUUAAUGACGAUCCAUCUUCUCCGGCCAUAAUGGUGAUGCAGUCAGCACAAACGGAGAUACUCACCAUCGACUUCGAAGAGGAAGAUCCCGAGUCGGCAUUCAUCCCACUAGGUGCCAUUGACGGCAUUAGAGAGAUUCAUCUCCUCAGUGGGAACACGCUCGUUACCCGCCGUCCAGGAGACGGCGGAGAAGUCAGUUUAUGGGACCUCAACGAUCAGCCUCGUGAAAAAAUCCAGUUGGUGAAUCCCUCAAUAUUACAGAACGAUCACUGCCAAGCGAUGCAUCUCCGCGACGAUUACAUGGUAAUCGUUCGCCAACAGACUGUCGAGUUCUACUCGACCAUUCCCCGGCCAAAUCUCAUCGCGACACCGGGCGCCCCCAUCUCGUACCCACUCGCACAGCACCGCUUCCAGUGGCGCGCAGACACCGUCAAUAUGUCAGAGCAAGUCAGCUGGCACGCUGCGCGCUCGCACCGCCCCUCUCCAAUCAACCUUGUCAUUCGGUUUGGAAGUACCUACCCUUGGCCGGUGAACAUCUUGCAUCAUUUCGUCCUCACCCCAAACCCUGCGUACGUCCCAGGGCGGGAGACUUCUCUAUACAACCUUCCCUACCUAGCACAACCCACCCCAGUGCAGACGAUAGGCUCUCCAGUGCGUUUGUUCGCCCCGUCGUCCGUUGCACUCGGGAGAUAUGGCACUGGUCUCUGGCUUGACAGCCACACUGAAGACUGGAUGGGGCCUAGCGACUGUGGCCAGCGACUUGCAGGAAAGACACUGACGACGAUGGGAGAAUCGCCGUCCGUAAAUUCGCAGGACGGUGCGCAAGCUUCCAUGGUAUUUCGUGUACGCGACGACGACUUGUGGAACAAGAUCGCUAUCGAUGAAGAGUCUGGGAGAAUUGCGGUCGGUUAUGUGAACGCUUCGAUAACCCUCUUCGAAUAUGCUUAA